GCGUCUGCUCUCUCCAGUACAGCAGGAGGCGCUCUGCAGCUCUUUAGUCCGCCGAUAAACCCAGUAAAGAAAGAAAGAAAGAAAGAAAGAAAGAAAGAAAGAAAGAAAGAAAGAAAGAAAGAAAGAAAGAAAGAAAGAAAGAAAGAAAGAAAGAAAGAAAGAAAGAAAGAAAGAGGCUGAGCUCGCGUGUGAUGUGUUUGUGUAUCCUCAGUGUUUUUCUCUCUUGAGUGUUUUAUUGAGUGUAAACAGAGUCUUGUCUCUGUGUAUUUUAGUGUUGAUGAUGAGAUGGAUGUGAUGUGCUGUAAAUCAGGAACUGAUCAGGGCUUACAGGAUGAGGAAUCUACUGAUCAAACCUCCACAGAGUCUCUGGAUUCUGUCUGUAACGCUGGAGAACAGCAGCAGAUCCUGCAGACCAAACUCAACAUGUGUUCAGUCAAACCGAUGGACAGUGGGAACCAAAUGCAGAUUAUAACAGAAGCCAUAGCAGAUAAAUAUGAAGACAAACAUAAUGAUGGUCAUGAUUUUAUUCUCUCAGAUGUGAAGAGUGAAUUAUGUUUGGAUGAAGAAAUAACGUCCUCGACUCUUUCCUGCAUCACCGGUGGAGAGACAUUGAGCUCACAGAGACAUUUCGAGAGAAAACACACAGAACAGAAACUUUUCACCUGCAGGAGAUGUAAGAUCAGCUUUACUACCUUACAAGAGAAGAAACUUCAUUCAGAAGAACACAGAGAGAAGAAGAAGAAGAAGAAGAAGAAGAAGUUGUUUGACUGUGAGCAGAGUGGGAAGGAUUUUGGCUCCUUAUCUCAUCUGAGAUUUCACAUGAGGACACACAAUGCUAAAAAACCUUUCUACUGCACUGAAUGUGGCCAUUACUUCAGCACCAAAGCAAAUCUUGAUUGUCAUCAGAGAAUUCACACAGGAGAAAAACCAUACGAGUGUCCUCACUGUGAGAAGAGAUUCAGCCAAAAAUAUAAUAUGAGGAAACAUGUGUUUACACACACCAAUGACAGUCCAUAUCAGUGCAAUGAAUGUGGAAAAACCUUUAGGGAUUCAAGUCAAUUAAAAUCACACCAAACAAUACACACUAAAGAGAAACCCUUUCAAUGUUUACACUGUGAUAAACGGUUCAAUCGUAAAACUACUCUUACAGCCCAUCAGAUACUUCACACUGGAGAGAAACCUCAUUACUGUCAUGUCUGUGAGAAGAGUUUCAGUCGACGUGGACAUUUAGUUUCACACCAGAGAACUCAUACAGGUGAAAAACCUUACAAAUGCUCUCAGUGUGAGAAGACGUUUGCUUAUUCAUCUCACUUUAAAGCCCAUCAGAGACUUCACACUGAAGAGAAACCUCAUCACUGUAGUGUCUGUGGGAAGAGUUUUGAUCAUAGUAGCAGUUUAGUGAGACACCAGAGAAUUCAUACAGGUGAAAAACCUUUCAAAUGUUCACAUUGUGAGAAGACGUUUGCUUAUUCAUUUGAGUUUAAAGCCCAUCAGAGAAUUCAUACUGGAGAGAAACCUUACAAAUGCUCUCAUUGUGGUAAGAUGUUUUCUCUUUCACGUUCCUUAAAAGCCCACGAGAGACUUCAUACAGGAGAGCACAGAGAGAAGCAGCAGCAGCUGAGGUUUCACUGUGAGCAGUGUGGGGAGGAUUUUGGCUCCUUAUCUCAUCUGAGAAAUCACAUGAGGACACACAAUGCCGAAAAGCCUUUCUACUGCACUGAAUGUGGCCAUUACUUCAGAACCAAAAACAGUCUUGAUUCUCAUAAGAGAAUUCACACAGGAGAAAAACCAUACGAGUGUCUUCACUGUGAGAAGAGAUUCAGCCGACAACCUUAUCUGAAGAAACACAUGCGUAUACACACCAAUGAGAGACCGUAUCAGUGCAGUCAAUGUGGAAAAACCUUUAGGGAAUCAGGUGAAUUGAAAUCACACCAAACAAUACACACUAAAGAGAAACUCUUACAAUGUUUACACUGUGGUAAAUGUUUCAGUCGUAAAACUAAUCUUAUAGCCCAUCAGAGACUUCACACUGGAGAGAAACUUAAUCAUUGUAGUGUUUGUGAGAAGAGUUUCAGUCGACGUGAAAAUUUAGUGACUCAUCAAAGAACUCAUACAGGUGAAAAACCUUAUCACUGUAAUGUCUGUGAGAAAAGUUUCACUCGACGUGAACAUUUAAUAAAACACCAGAGAACUCAUACAGGUGAAAGACCUUACAAAUGCUCUCAGUGUGAGAAGACCUUUGCUCAUUCAUCUCACUUUAAAGUUCAUCAGAGACUUCAUACAGGAGAUAACCCUCAUCACUGUAGUGUCUGUGGGAAGAGUUUUGAUCAUAGUAGCAGUUUAGUGAGACACCAGAUAAUUCAUACAGGUGAAAGACCUUUCAAAUGUUCUCAUUGUGAGAAGACGUUUGCUUAUUCAUUUGAGUUUAAAGCCCAUCAGAGACUUCAUACUGGAGAGAAACCUUACAAAUGCUCUCAGUGUGAGAAGACGUUUACGAAGUCAGGUCCCCUUAAAUCUCAUCAGAGAGUUCAUACUGGAGAGAAACCUUACAAAUGCGCUCAUUGUGAGAAGAUGUUUUCUCAGUCAAGUUCCUUAAAAGCCCACGAGAGACUUCAUACAGGAGAGAAACCUUACGUCUGCUUUAUCUGUGAGAAGAAAUUCACUUAUGCUAGAAGUCUUCGAAGUCAUCAGAAGGAACAUACUGAUGAACAAAUACACUGAAAUCAUCAUAGCAUCUAAAAGACUUUCCAGACUGACCGUGUGGUCCUAUUCUGCAUGAAUGUUCAAUGCUAUAACAUGCUAUGAAAGCAAUAGCUUUUAUUAUUAAUGACUUUGACCUCGGUUAGUUGCGACAAAAAGCGAAUGUAAUUUUUUUUUUGACCACUGUGUCAAAUUUCCCCUCUUUUUCCCUGGUUGACCAAUGAGAUCUGAGCAUUACAUCACGUUCCCGGAGCUGCUGUAAAUCUACACACAGCGUGUCAAGUUGUUCUUUGUAUGUCUCAUGCAUUUAAAAUCCUUAAAUGCACAAUUUGAUGAUUAUCCUUUACAUAUUCAUUUAUUUUAUCAUUCACCUUUAUUUUAAUUAUUAUGUUUUAUUACACUACUCUCUAAAAUACUAGAUUCUGAUUGGCCAGUCAUGACAUUCCAAGGUUCGUUCUUUUCAAAUAACUACCGCUCAAAGCAAAUAACACGGUUACACGGAUGCUCCGAAUCAUUUUGACAGAUACAAUUUAACAAAAUAUAUAUAUAAAUGUAUUUCAAUAACAUAUCCAGCAUUAUAAGUGAUUAAACAUAGUGUGUUUGUGACAUUUGAUGGUCUUAUCUUAAAGGAAUAGUCUACUCAUUUUCAAUAUUAAAAUAUGUUAUUACCUUAACUAAGAAUUGUUGAUACAUCCCUCUAUCAUCUGUGUGCGUGCACGUAAGCGCUGGAGCGCGCUGCGACGCUUCGAUAGCAUUUAGCUUAGCCCCAUUCAUUCAAUGGUACCAUUUAGAGAUAAAGUUAGAAGUGACCAAACACAUCAACGUUUUUCCUAUUUAAGACGAGUAGUUAUACGAGCAAGUUUGGUGGUACAAAAUAAAACGUAGCGCUUUUCUAAGCGGAUUUAAAAGAGGAGCUACAUUUUAUGGCGUAAUAGCACUUUUGGGAGUACUUCGACUCGGCGCUGUAACACCCUCCCUCUCCCAUUAUGAGAGUGAGAAGGGGAGCGGACUUUUCAGGCGAGUCGAAGUACUCCCAAAAGUGCUAUUACGCCAUAAAAUAUAGCUCCUCUUUUAAAUCCGCUUAGAAAAGCGCUACGUUUUAUUUUGUACCACCAAACUUGCUCGUAUAACUACUCAUCUUAAAUAGGAAAAACGUUGAUGUGUUUGGUCACUUCUAACUUUAUCUCUAAAUGGUACCAUUGAAUGAAUGGGGCUAAGCUAAAUGCUAUCGAAGCGUUGCAGCGCGCUCCAGCGCUUACGUGCACGCACACAGAUGAUAGAGGGAUGUAUCAACAAUUCUUAGUUAAGGUAAUAACAUAUUUUAAUAUUGAAAAUGAGUAGACUAUUCCUUUAAAACCGAAAGUAAAUGCGUUUUUCUCAUGAAAGGUCUGCAUUUGUUAAAAAUUAGCAAAUGAAAUAUAUUUCAAAUCAAUAUAAAAUUAUCCUUUUUAGACUUAUGAGGUAAAUAGCUGUGUAAUAAGCGGGAUAAUGUACAGGCAGCAGGUUGUUAUCGCAAAAUAAGCCCCUUCAGUGUGAUACAUGAACUGAGUAUCGGGAGUUAUUUCUGUCAUAACAACCUGCUGCCUAUACAUUAUCCCUUACAUAUUAUAUGCAUUUUAUUCUAUCUAGUUAUUCUAUUCUACUUUAAUUUUCUUAAUAUUAUUGAAAUCUUAUGUUGCCGCUGUAUUGUCUUUAAAUGCUGAUUUGAGUCUCCGAUGGACUAGAUCGCAAGGUUUUUAUUAACCUCAUGAUAAUGUAAAACAAUAAGUGUCCACUCUCUGUUUUUGAUAUAAUAACACCUCCUAGAUCUGCUUCUAGUCAGACAAAGUUAGAGCAUUGACAAUGCAACUAAGAUUAUUCAAUAAAGCAUCUUUAUUUUAUUCAACAUCA